AUGUGCCAGAUGGAGGUCGAGCCGAACGUGGUUACCUGGAGCAGCGUUGCUUCUUCCUGCGGCAAGUCGGGCAGUGAGAAGAGUUGGCAACACGCUACAGGAUUAUUGGCCGACGUACGCCGGGCGAAGACACAGCCGAACACCUUCUCCGUGGGGUCAGCGAUCAACGCUGCCGGUCUCGCCCAUCAGUGGCGCACUGCUGCAACGUUGCUGUCUGAGGCGGAGGGACAUGGUUUGGAGGUCAGUGCUGUCGGACGCAACGCAGUGGUGACGGCCUGCACGCGAGGUGAUGCCUGGGACUCUGCGCUUGAGGCCUUUGAUGCGGCCUUUCGGCAGCGAAUGCCUGCCACGACGGUUUCUUACAACGCCGCGAUCAGCGCUUGCGAUAUCGGUCAAGAUGGUGAGCGGGCGCUUGAAAUCCUACGUCUGGCGAGGCGAGAGCUCGUGCAGGUGGACUUGGUGUCCUUCAACAGCGCCAUGUCGGCGUGCUCCAAGAGUAGCCUUUGGCAGUCAGCCUUUCAGUUGCUGGAGGAGGCCUCCACCGACUCCUUGUCCAGGGAUCUUCAUUCCUUGGCCUCGGUAGCUGCCGGUGCUGCCAAGAGAGGUUUGUGGCGGACAGUGGGGGACCUCCUCCAGGAGGCCAAGACGCAGUCUUGUGGCUUCAAUGCGGUCUUCCAGACCACAUUGCUGAAAGGCAUUGGGGAGGCGCGGCGCUGGUCUGAGAGCCUCGGCGUUCUGGCAUCCGGCAGAGCCCGAGGACUGGAGCCUAACUUCGUCUCAAUCAGCGCAGGGGUCGACGGUUGCGGUGCAUCGUCACGCUGGCAGUCAGCAGAGGAUCUCCUCCGCUCUGCCCGCCGUGCUGGCCUUCGCCUGGCCACCGCGGCCGUCUCCGCAGCUCUUUCGGGGCUCGAAGAUGCUUGGGCGAGGGCAGUCAACCACCUCAGCGAGGUCGAUCAGCGCGGUAUGGACCAGGAGGCCAGCGCACACAGCCUGGCAGCGAGCAUCUGCCAACAGAGCAGCAACUGGGAGGGUUCGCUGGACAUCUUCACCCGCGCGUCCGAGAGGCGUCUCCUGGAUUCGGUCGUUUACAACGGCGCCAUCAGCGCCUUCACAAUGGGAGCGUCUCCCUCUCGGGCACUGGAUUUGCUGAGGCAGAUGCGUGGAGCGCUCUUCCGACUCGAUACCGUCAGCUUCAACUCCGCCCUUGCAGCGCACGCAAGCACGGCGGCCUGGCAGCGCGCUGCUAGCCUGGCCGCGGCCCUCGGCGAGCAUUCGCUUCGCCGGGACGAGGUAACACUUCGAUCCACUCUUGCGGCAGGGCGGCACCUCCCUUGGCGGAAGGGGAUCGAACUGCUGGCUCAGCUGGAAAACCCCUCCGUGCCAGCGUUGGUGGAUGUUUGCGCCGGCGAGGUGGCCUCGUUCCUGCUGCCUUUCCAGGAGCAGAGGGGUCUCCAUCUCCCCUUCGCAGAGGCCAUGGCAGCCUUAGCAUCCACUCAGAUGGCCUCGCCGCUGCUGUCCCAGGUGCAACUCUUGCGCUCGAAAAAUCCGUGA